AUGUUCAGCAGCAGAAGUAGCAGCAGGCAGGACUUGUCCUCUGCUCCCUCCUCCCCGUCGCUGUCGCAGUCGACAUCGCCACCGUCGUCGCCGGCGGUAGCGGCCAAGAAGCCCAAGCGGCAGUACUCGGAGGCCACCUGGCCCGACCCAACGGCACCGCCUCACGCCUCGCCGCAGGUGGACGAUGUCUCGCGGCUCAACGCCACCGACGUCGAGCGCGUGUUCGAGGUUCGCACGUCGGCCGACAUCAAGGCCAUCCUGCGCUGCGCCGCGGCAGAGGGCCGGCAGGUGUCGGUGCGCGGGACCCAGCAUUCGAUGGGCGGCCACACCAUCGCGCCCGGCGGCUUCGUGCUGGACAUGCGCCACUUCGACCGCCUGGCCUAUGAUCCGGCCACGGAGCUCGUCUCCGCGGGCACGGGAGCCCACUGGACCGAUCUCAUCCACUACCUCAACCAAGCUACUCGAGCUUCUCCGUGGGCGGUACGGUGA